AUGCCCAGGGACUACUGGAUGGUUCUAUUAUUCCAGCCGCAAGCAUUUUGUGGAUCAUGUCCUCUGUCACCUGUCUCUUUGAACUUGGACCUGGACCGCCGCUGCUGGGACCGCCUGGACCUGGACCGCUGGGAGCACCGCUGCCGGGACCGCAUCUCUUGGACUGACUUUGCUCUGCCUCUUUCUUUUCCGGUUUUCCGGCUGGAGAUCAACUUAGUGAGCUGCAUGUGUGUGACCAGGAUGUUGUAUCGGGGAGUGCUCCUGGCUGUACGAGCGAGACAGUGGACCCUGUAUCAAUCAGAGCACCACAGGGUUGGCCAUCUAAAACGCAAUCCAAGUACAGUCCUUUCAAACAGCCAGCUUUUGGGGAUGGCGCAGGGCAGUUUUGAGCUAAGUGACGGGCUCAUCGCAGCGAAAACAGCGAUUGGUAGCAGUUCUGCGGCGUCCCCUGGGGGCUGGAGUACGGACCUGAUAGACUUCUUCAACUCUGACUUCUUCAUAAUCCACUUGGCGGACUCACUGCAGCGUGUUUGUGGCCCUUCCCAGCCUCCAGAGGGCGCUGUGGCCUCACUAUGCUCUGCUGAUCUGAAGUGUAGAGUGGAGGAGUCCACUCAGCCUCCAGAGGGCGCUGUGGCCUCACUAUGCUCUGUUGAUCUGAAGUGUAGAGUCGAGGAGUCCACUCAGCCUCCAGAGGGCGCUGUGGCCUUGCAGUGCUGGGCCUCCCUGCGGGCCCUCAGGGACCUCCUUCCUGAUGACGUGUGUGUGUCGAACAGAGAGGACUCUCUCCUCUGCUCAGAGCGCAGCCGCUACAACGACAACACGUUCAAUCUGCGCUUCGGGAAACGCCACAGCAGGGACCGCAUCAGGGACCGCAUCAGGGACCGCAUCAGGGACCGCAGCAGGGACCGCAGCAGGGACCACUACUACCAGCUGUACCCACUACCCUCUGCCCAGACCUGA